AUGGCUCCUCAACUACACCAGCGUCCCCCCUUCCGUGCGGAGCACUUGGGUUCUCUCCUGCGCCCACACCAGCUCCUGGAUACUAAGCUUGCUUUUGAAGCCGGCAAAGUCCCCGAGUCAGAGUUGACCGCUUGCGAGGACAAGGAGAUCAAGGCCAUUGUCGAGACCCAGCAGAAGCUCGGAUAUGCUGCCAUGUCUGACGGCGAGUACCGUCGUCACAUGUUCUGGGGAACUUUCUUCCCCGGUUUGGACGGUUUCGAGGAGGUCAACAACAUUGAUGUCGAUGACUUCCGUCCCUAUGCCCCCGACAUUGCCGCAUUCCUGGAGGCCGGCCACAAGCCUGGCGAGAGUGUCAUCUGUACCGGCAAGAUUAAGCACGUCGGAAGCACUUAUGUCGACCAGUUCAAGUACCUUGCCAGUCAGGUUCCCGCCAACGAGGUCGGAAACCUGAAGAUUACUCUGGCCGCACCUAACUGGUAUCACCUGCGCUACCGUGAGGGCAAGGCUUACCCCAAGUCUGUAUACAGCAAUGAUGAGGACUACUUCGGUGACAUCGCCAAGGCCUACCAGGCCGAACUUCAGAUUCUAUAUGAUGCUGGCUGCCGUAACGUUCAAUUCGAUGACCCUAACCUGGCUUACUUCUGCUCUGAGAAGUUCCUUACUGGUUUCAAGGAGGACCCCUUGAACGUGUACUCCGCCGACGACAUGUUCGAGAAGUACAUCAAGCAAUACAACGACUGCUUCGCUAACCUCCCCGCUGACAUGCACGUCGGUGUACACUUGUGCCGCGGCAAUUUCGUCGGCAGCCGCCACUUCUCCGAGGGUGGCUACGACCGCAUCGCUAUCAAGCUCUUCCAGGAGCUGAACGUUCACACCUACUACCUCGAGUACGACACUCCCCGCGCCGGCGGUUUCGAGCCCCUGAAGUUCUUGCCCACCCACAAGAACGUCAUUCUGGGCGUUGUCACCAGCAAGUUUGCCAAGCUUGAGGACAAGGAGGAGAUGAAGAAGCGGGUUAUUGACGCUGCGAAGUUCAUUGCUGAGGGAAACAAUAUCUCUCUGGAUGCUGCUCUAAACCAAGUCGGUGUGAGCCCGCAGUGUGGUUUCGCUUCUCACCGCGAGGGAAAUGCUAUUGACUGGGAUGGUAUGAUCAAUAAGCUCCAGCUUGUUCGGGAUAUUGCCAACGAUAUCUGGCCCAACCAGGCUUGA